GACGAUAAUGGUCAAUCGUCUCGGAUUCGGAUAGUCAAUAACGUACACGAACACCUAACGGCACGUCGAAGUUCACACACUAACUGGCGUCGCAGACUCGCAGGUUGUAGACGCUGCUACUAUUUCAGUAUCUCUUCACUCUUUGCCCCGGUUUCUCUCUCGCAGGCCUUAUCAUGGCGUUUCUAUCCCAACGAUGUCCAGGGCUUCUCGCGCGCUUCAACACAACCAGGUACCACUCGCUCCACAUCUCUCCAGCAAAUUCCUUAUUUCCAUUUCCUUUUUCAACCCUAGAUGUUCCAUCAAAUCCCUUGAAUGACCAGCCACCACGGAAUCACAUCAAGAACGAAACCGAUCUCGACGAACGCUUCGUUCUCGAGCAACUCUCUGACCUCUUGCCAAUCCCUCGUAACUCUUCCGCUCCGAACCUAUUAAGAGACUGUAAUCCAAGAAAACAAGUAGCACAAGUUAGCGCAGUUGAUGGGUUUCUGUUGCCCGAAGAGAAAUUACGGGGGGUUUUCCUUCAGAAACUGAGAGGUCAAGCUGCAAUUGAGCUCGCUUUGACGAACGCUGGGGUUGAAUUGAGCCUUGAUGUUCUUGCUAAAGUAGUGAACAGAGGGAAUUUAGGUGGUGAAGCAAUGGUUACAUUUUUCAAUUGGGCGAUUAAGCAGUCGGCAAUACCUAGGGACAUUAGUAGUUACCGUGUGAUUAUAAAAGCGCUAGGAAGAAGAAAAUUCUUGAAAUUUAUGAUGGAAAUGUUGCGUGAGAUGAGGACCGAAGGCAUUAGCCUUGAUUUGGACACGCUGUCGAUUGUGUUGGACAGCUUUGUUAGGGCUCAUCAUGUGUCGAAAGCAGUUGGAAUUUUCGGGAACCUAGAAGAGUUUGGACUGAAAUGUGACACCGACUCUUUGAAUGUGCUUUUAAAAUGUCUCUGUCUGCGAUCCCAUGUUGCUGCUGCGAAUUCAUUUUUUAAUUCAAUUAAAGGGAAGAUACCAUUUAGUAGUAUGACAUAUAAUAUCAUUGUCGGCGGGUGGUCGAAAUUUGGUAGUAUUAGCGGAAUCGAGAGUUUGUUGGAAGCAAUGUUAGCAGAUGGGUUUAGUCCGAAUUGCUUGACUUUCAGUUAUCGUAUACAGGGUUUAGGAAGGGCUGGUCAGAUUGAUGAUGCUGUUCAGGUUUUUGAGGGCAUGAGAGAGAAAGGUUGUGUGCCGGACACUGGAGCUUACAAUGCAAUGAUAUCUAACUUUAUAUCUGUUGGAAACUUUGAUGAAUCUGUGAAAUACUAUAAGAGCAUGUUGAGUAAUAAAUGUGACCCAGAUAUUUUUACUUUUACCAAAUUAAUUACUGCUUUCCUUAAGGCCCGCAAAGUGGCCGAUGCACUUGAAAUGUUUGAUGAGAUGUUAGGUCGUGGGAUCGUUCCCAGUACAGGGACUAUAACCUCUUUCAUCGAACCUUUGUGCAGAUAUGGUCCGCCCCAUGCUGCCAUGAUGAUUUACAAUAGAGCAAGAAAAGUUGGAUGUAGAAUAUCACUUAGUGCUUAUAAGCUAUUGCUUAUGAGGCUUUCUAGGUUUGGUAAAUGUGGAAUGUUGUUAAAUGUAUGGGAUGAUAUGCAAGACUCUGGUUAUUAUUCAGAUAUGGAAGUUUACGAGUAUGUCAUCAACGGUCUUUGCAACAUAGGGCAUCUUGAAAAUGCUGUACUUGUUAUGGAGGAGUGCUUGCAUAAAGGUUUUUGCCCAGGCAGGCUUAUAUAUAGCAAACUAAAUAACAAACUAUUGGCUUCAGAUAAAGUAGAGAGGGCUUACAAGCUAUAUUUGAAGAUAAAAGAUGCUCGUCGCGAUGACAAUGCCAGGAGAUAUUGGCAUGCUAAUGGCUGGCACUUUUAAACUGGCAUGUUUGUCAGUGGCAAGUGCAGUUUGUUUAUCCCCUGCUUUACUUUUCUUGCAGCCAAAUCCAUAUUUGGAUGCUAUAUGAAAUAAUUCUUCUACUAACUGCAUCCUGUGAUUGGACAAUACGAGUGUUAGCUUCAAAAUGACUAAAAUUCAUGUUGUUAAUCUGCUAUAUACAUACAUGCAUGAAGGCUGUGAAGGGCCUCAUCAGCUGGACAUUCACCAUAUUGUUAUCCAAAGGAAUUAUGCUUGUGUUUUCCUUGCCUACCUGUUUGUUCUUUCAUUGUUCACAACGGCCUUCUAUCUCUGCUUUCUAAAUGUAAUUGAUUUCUCACUUUGCUCCAUUUUCCUGCUUUAGCUUCCUAACUUUUCCCUUGAUUUUGCUGUCUAGAUAAAACUAGUGCUAUUCCGGGUUUGUAUGUUUGAUGGGGGGGAUGGUUUUAAAAUACGCAUAAUUUGUUGCAACGUUUUAGGUGCAUGUUAAUUUUUAACUUGAUGUAAUUUCUGGUGACAGGGAACACUAGGUACCAUUUUCCUUUUAAGCUUGUUCUUCAGUGCUUGCCUUGUCAAAUUCUAUUAUGCAACACGUAUUGAGAAAGAUAUGGCUGUCCCAUGCACUCACUGCUUAUUGUUCUUCAAACACAGAGUCUGUUGUAAUUAUACCUGCAUUUGGAGUGCAACUUGAAGCUCACUAUUGGAGCUACAGUGGGAGAGUUGUUCGUAGCUUUGUUCCUAUUGACAAAAUAAUGAAACCUGUCCUGAAUGAGAAUGUGACUCCAUUCACUUGUUA